UCGAGGUCAGCCCGAUGUUUACACUGUUGUCCCGCGCGCUUCAAACUAUUCUAAUAUAUCCUAUCAGGAAAUGCAAUUUUGUAAAUAUGUCUUCGACAGGCUACUCUUCAAAUGGUGAUUUAUGGAAAUAUAUUUACAUUGGCUGUCCGGAUCUACCAGUGUACCUAAAAAGGACACGUCAAAGCGAAAUCGAAAAUGAAAGUUCAAGAGUAGGCGUGUCAACUUUUUUUAAAACUGGUUCAAUAUUGCUGUUUCCAAACAAUGAACAGUGUGACAACUCUACCAAGUUUUAUUUACAUUCAGCAUGUGAAUCCUAUGAACUUUACAGAAAGUUAAAUUUACAGAAAUCCCUUUCUGUUGCACACAGUUUGAUGUUCACCUCAUUUUCAGAAAAUGAAAACUGUCUCAAGCAUGGUGUAUUUGUCAACUGCCUUUCAGGGAAAGAGGAAAAUGAAUUGAAAGAUAUAGUUAUGAAGCAAUGCAAGGAAAAUCCAAAUAUCAGAAUAUACGAACUUGUAGCAAAUGUCAAAUCCAACUGUCUCACAUUGAAAAAAGUGCCUGACGAUGUUGAAAGUAUCGGUGAUGGUGAUGAAGAAAGAACAUUUGAAUUGGUUGAUAGGAAAGAUUUGCAAAGAGAUAUAGAAGGAAAUGUACCUAUUUAUGAGUCUCCAAUAUUUAGACAACAAAACUUAACACCAGUUUACCAUGACUUUCUGCGAUCAAAGUCAAUACUUCAAAUGCUUAAAUCGACCACAGAGGUUGAAGAGUUAUUGAAGAUUGCAGACCAUCAUGUUAUACAGUCGAAGGUCACCGAAGCAGAGCAAGAUCUGAAGUUUCCAUUCAUUGUUGUCGAAGGAAUGGAUGCAACGGGAAAGACGACAUUAACUGAAACAAUAGAGAAAAAGAUGGGUGCAGCCCGAUACUUUACCCCACCACCCCAGAUCCUGCAGCUCCGAUCUCAUUUCGACCAAUACCCGGAAAUAGUUAGACGGGCGUACUACAGUGUGGGCAACUACAUCGUGGCUAUGGAUAUCAUUAAGACGUGUCAGACCCGGCCUGUCAUCAUGGACAGGUUUUGGCACAGCACAGCAGCUUACGGCAUUGCAAACGAGUCCAGCAGUGGAGACUUACCGAGGGCAGACCACUCCGUGUACACGUGGCCGAGUGACCUGCUAAAACCAUCCCUAGUCCUGUUCCUGUCGGUAUCAGAGGAGGUGAGACAACAGCGCAUGGCCGGACGUAGACUCGUGGAGACAUUCGAGGAAAAGAGUCUUGAUCGGGAUCAGCUAUUCCGACAGAGAUUGUGUGAUGCUUACAGGCUUAUGAGCAACCCUUCUGUCGUGGAAAUAGACGCUAGCGGGACUAUAGAGGAAGUUAGGGACGCGGCUAUAGAUGUUUUACAGAAACGUGGUAUUAGCUUGCAAUCUGAGCCGAAGUGAAAACUGUAGAAUUUGAGAGCAUUGUGUCUUUCAAUGGGAUUUUAAGCUUGUGAGUUAUUGUGAUAUGCUUGGCUUUGGGAAGUAACCACACUUAACCAGUCUAUGACGUAUUCUAGUGGAUUCAUAAAACAACUUUCUGUUGUUAGUUGACAUUUAACACUUUUUAAUAUUUUUGUUUUAUUUUUGUUUUACAAUGACAUGGGUUUUGACAAGAUGCUUACAAUAUUUUGGGUGAUUUUAAGUUCAUGUGUUUUUACUUCUUUGAUGUUAUUUUCUGUAAAUGUUUGUUUUGAUAUUUUAAGCGUUUGUUAUGGGAAAGUAGCCUUUGUUUUAUACUUCACUGCAGUUUUGAGUGUUUUUUGUCUUGGAUUUUCAUGUUAAAAUGCGCGACUACCAAAUAUAGAUUGCUGCAAAAGCAUUUUUUUUUUAAAUGCAUUAUCAUGUUACCUCAUUUGACAUUAAUGAUAAAAACAAAACAAAAAAUGCAUAUAAUGAUAAACUUGGCCACAAAUUCACAGUUAUUUAAGGACCUAAAUCUGCCAAUGUUUUUUUUUUUUCUGUACUCUACAAAUGAUACGUUUUUUGUUUUUUUUCAUGAAAGUCAAAUGAGUUAAACAUAAUAAUGCAUUGAAAUUAAAAAAAAAAAAUAUAUAUUUAUUUGCAUCAACCUAUCUUGUGGUAUCUUUUUAAAGUAUACUUUUUUACCUGGUUUGUAUUGUAACUGUUUAUAUAUUAAAGACAUUAUUUGCAAAAAAAAUCUGUAACUUUAUUGUCAUAGGCUACUCUACAUUAAAGUAUGAGGCCAAGAAAUAUUUAUCUUUAGUUGCUCAGAAAUUAUUUUAUUUUAAAUUGUGAGGGGUGCAGGGGAUUUAUGUUUUUUAAGAAAUAUUUUAAUUUUUAAAGCUGAAGUCAUUUAUGUAUUUAAAGUAUGUUAAUAUAACACAAACUAAACACAUAUAGGUGUUGAACAAAACAAAAUAUGUAUGUUUUACAUAGUUAUCUUGAAUUUUAUAAGAUUGAUCUCAUAAUCAUUUGUUUUAAAUAUUCUUUCAUAAAAUCAUACCGAGUGUUUGGGCUCAAGAAAGUAUAAAAAUACAUUCUGUGGAAUAAAGUAAAUGAGACUGCCUAGAAACAUAACUUAUUAAUUUGGCCUUAUUAUGAUUAUAACUUUAGUUCUAUUUUCUUAUUAAGACUGUCAAAAAUGUAAUUCAUAAUUAUCUAGUCGUUUCUGCAUGGUUUGAAAAUCAUUUAAAUUUAUAUUUUUAUUAACUCCGUUUAAAAGCUGACUUUUAGAAAAAAGAUUGAAACUAAGGAAUCGGUUGUUAGUUCUUUUUUCUGUUGGAUUGAAAUCUUGUGUCUAACAAUAACGCAUUCACUCAGUCACUUUUCAUUUUGCUCAUGGUAGGAAAUGUUUUUAUUGAAGAGGUUACUAUAAUCUACUUUUAAUUGCCUCAGAAAUAUAAAUGGUUGUAUUUGUUUUAAAAAUAUUUAUUAAGUAAUGGUUGUUAGUAUGUCCUUAAAAAAUUAAUUGCUUGAUACCAUGCAGUCGCAUUUCAUUUAUUUUGUUUGAGUACAUAUGAACAACCUUUGAAAAUGUAGUGGUCUACAUACCAUUGUGUAAACUAACCAUUAAGUGGGCCAGCCACUGUUUAUAUCUACCAGUUCACCUGAUUAUAAUCUUUUACAGCUGACUGCCAAUUUACUGAAAUACAUGUAUUGGCAAAUUUGAAGUAUGGUAUACUGCCCAUUCAUUGGACAAAAAAAUAUGUUGAUCACUAAUACUGCAUAUUGUAACACUGAAUAUUGGAUAAUGCUUUGGUGUCUGUAAUAUUUGUUAUUUUCUAUAGUUUGAUAACAAUCAAUAACUAGUCCAUUGAUGUAAAACGCAGAAGACAUAUGUAUAUAUAGUAAUGCAGAUGAGAUUGGCAAAUAAGUGUAUUAAGAAAUGCAGGUAACAUGCACGUUGAAGGUAUUGUAAAAGGCAGAUAACAUAUACUAUGUAUUGUUCUUAAAUUCAGUACUUAAUAAAUCAAAUUUUAUUAUUCAUUAAAGAACUCUACAUUGAGACACUUGCAAAGAUUUCUCAGUGACAUCAAUGCUAUGCAUAAGCAUAUUUAUCUCUUGUAUAUUUAUAAUACUACAUUUUUACUAUGCAUAUACAUGUACUGUUUUGAUGAUGUUGUUUUUGUUACUUUCAUAAUAUUACCUGUAGCUAGUAUUUGUUGUAAUAUACAUGUUUUUAUACCAUAAUACAUAAUCAAGAAUAUAGUACAAUUGGUCUAUUUUUUCCCUACAACAUUAAAGGGACCAGACACCAGAUGAUACAAAUGCAAGAAAAAAAGAAAAUUGUCAAAAACGUACAUAAAAUUGACAUUGUUGUAUAUAAAACAUUGAAUUUUACUAACUGAUUUAUCAUAUUGCUUACAACACAAGUAGCUUUUUCAGUUUUUACGUAUUUUUUCCAAUUCGAAAUUUACUGGGUCUGUCUACCAUGUAAAUCCCAAUUAAUUUAAAAACAGUGUCAGUAUGUGUAUCUGUACUAAUCAUGUGAUUUUCACAUGCUAAAUGUACACACUAUAAACUGGUAAACCAGUAUGCGCUAUUUAAAACAGGUUAACUCAGCUGAGACAGCAACAAAAUACUCAUAUAAUCAUAUAAAAUGAUGUAUGAUCGGCCUCAUACUAGCUCAUAUUGACAAAUCUUGGCUCGUCUUGUGGAAAUAAUGUAUUUGCCGAUUUUGGGACAAUCUGGUGUCUAGCCCCUUUAAAGGGAUACCCUUUCGGGAUUAAUUUUCAUUUCAAGUUCAUUUCAUUUUAUGCAUCCCUUUUGUUUGUUUUAGGGCCAGGCUUCAUCGGAAGCUGGUUUAAACUUAUUUACUUUUACAAUGAUUGUGAAACAAGUUAUUGCAACUUAUAUUAAUUACUCUUCAUUUGCACAAUGUUGUGUGAAAGUGUGGUCUUGUGUUGUGGGGGAAACCAGAGCGCCAGGAGAAAACCCACUUGUCUUACUUAUGGUGACCACAAACCAAACUCGCAUGCAGCCAAGCCGGAAAUUGAAUCUGGGUGACUUAGAUAAGAAGGAAGUGCACUUACCACUGAGCUAACCGGACAACCCAUCUGAAGUUAAAAUAUGAAAUCUUUAAUUCAUAAAUAUUUGAAAAUGUAGCAAAAGUAAGGUAGUAAUUUUGUGGUUUUGAAUUUUCAGAACUAUAAUUGUAUGUUCAAAAUAGCAUAUUUAAGGGGUUUAAAGAUGCACUCUUACUUCCAAAUAAGAUGUACCAGAUGGUCAUCCUAUUAAAGGGGCACAAAAAAAAAAUGCAGUUUUAUUUAAUUUUUUUAAUUUUCAUGCUUGAAUAUGUUUGACUUCUGACUUUAAUGAUCAGAACAAAAAAGCAUAGGAUUCGUGUCGAGUUAAAAAACAUAGUAACCUUUAUAAAUGAGGUUUACAGUUAAUUGUAUUAUGUGGCCACAAAUUCCCCAGUCAAAAAAGCGCCAAAAUAUUGCAAAUAUUUUUUAUUGGUACACAAACCAUAUGUUUAGUUUUUGUUUUGAUCAUUAAUGUCAAAUGAGUUAAACAUGAUAAUGCUUUGAAAAAGUAUAAAAAUAUUGGAUUAACCUAUUUUGUGCCUCUUUUAAAUAUGCGCUCUUACUCCCAAAUAAGAUUUACCACAAUCAAUUAUUUUUUCAAUAUACCAAAAAGGAAGAAUAAAUGUUGAAAACAAUGAAGCAUACCAUGUUUUGUUUGAAAGAAAGGUGCAGCAAACACGUAUUUCUACCUUAUGAGACGAUAGAAGAUCUUUUAGCAUUCA